ACACAACUUGAGGUCGAGAAGCGAAGCUGCCGACAGGACUCACGCCCAGCAACAGGAGCCGCCGACGUCCAACCCGAGUGCCCGAGUGAUCAACACAGCCAUGGCCACGCCCGACUUCCGCGCACAUAAUCAGGAAAUGCCGCCGCCGGGUGGCUUCAAGCCCGUCAAGUUCGUCAAGAACGGCCCGGCCACGCGCGGACCACCGGGAUGGUCGCUCUUCCUCGGUACGUUCCUCGUUACGUCCGUGGGCUACUACCUCGUGGGCCAGCACAACAAGCGCUACCGUGAGGCUGCCAAGGAGGAGCGUGAGAACCGCAUCGCACUGCUGCCGUUCCUGCAGGCUGAGGCGGACGUUGGGUACCUGGAACAGGAGAAGCACAUUUUGGAGAAGGAGCGCCAGGUCAUGAAGAAUGUGCCCGGCUGGGUGGUCGGCCAGUCGCCAUACCACUCAGACCGCUACCAGGCACCGCUCUGGGCUCAGAAGAAGUAAAUGACAAAUGGGUGAGUAGCAGGAAGUCUUUACAAGCAGCAUGCAGCCACUGGCUUUGACCGAACUGUAACGAAGACCAUGUGAAGGAAAUGCACUCAUGCGUUCGUCAGGUUGGGGUCGCCCUCUUGAGGUGGUGAGAAUUUAAUGCCAUGAAUAUCGUCGCUGCUGCUC